AUGACAACACGAGAUGAAACCCGAAUCGAGUUCUACGAGCCGAGUGCAUCACAAGUCGAGCCGAAUCAAGACGAGUCGGGGUCUUGGCGGACCAAGUCCGAGUCAACUCGGGAAAAACUCGGACUCGUCUGUACUCGAUCCCCAAGUAUUGGAGGGAAGCAAAAUUUCAGGUAUCUAACAGUACAGUACCAAGGACAUUUAUCCGGUGCAAAGAUGAAAGCAUUGUAG